UUGCGUAGAAACCUUAGCAUUUUGGGACCCCCUGCAGGUCUUUCAUCAUUGCCCUAACGUGUCAGCCCCUUACUUUGCAUGGGAUCUCGAAUUCUCACUUUAUAAACACCUUCACCGAUUCUCUGCAAGCCACCUAGCUCUUCCUAAUUUUCUCUCCGGGUUCUUUUUUUCCUUGACCAGUUAUUGUUUUUUACCAUUGCUGCUAGUUUGAUCAUUUCCAGGAAAGGUCAACUCUCCGAUGGAGACCCAUAAGCCCUAUUUUCUGUCCGCUAUUUUCGUACUUGUGAUGCUGUCUUUUCUACAUGAACAAAGUAGCCAGGCCGCUCGGUUAAACCCGGUUGAAGCGGGAAUUCUUAUGCCAACAGAGAAAGAUGGACCGGAAGUUGAUGAUGAUGAUGGUAUGGAAAUUGGCACGAGAUGGGCAGUUCUUGUGGCCGGUUCAAAUGGUUAUGGAAAUUACAGGCAUCAGGCGGAUGUCUGCCAUGCGUAUCAACUACUAAGAAAAGGUGGGAUAAAGGAAGAGAACAUAGUAGUGUUUAUGUAUGAUGAUAUAGCUAAGCAUGAGUUCAACCCAAGACCUGGAGUUAUCAUCAACCAUCCUCAAGGAGAUGAUGUUUAUGCCGGUGUGCCUAAGGAUUACACUGGCGUACAGGUCACCACUGAGAAUCUGUAUGCAGUACUUCUUGGUAACAAGAGUGCUGUCAAAGGUGGAAGUGGCAAGGUUGUGGAUAGCAUGCCCAAUGACAGGAUCUUCUUGUACUAUUCUGAUCACGGAGGUCCUGGAGUUCUUGGGAUGCCAAAUAUGCCUUUUCUAUAUGCAAUGGAUUUCAUUGAGGUUUUAAAGAAGAAACAUGCAUCUGGGAGUUACAAAGAAAUGGUCAUGUAUAUAGAAGCUUGUGAGAGUGGGAGCAUCUUCGAAGGGAUCAUGCCCAAGGACAUAAACAUUUACGUGACAACAGCAUCAAAUGCGGAAGAGAAUAGCUGGGGAACUUAUUGUCCUGGGAUGGAGCCAUCUCCACCUCCAGAGUAUUUCACUUGCUUAGGGGACUUGUACAGUGUUUCUUGGAUGGAAGAUAGUGGAAAACACAAUCUCAGAAGAGAAACAAUAGAGCAACAAUAUCAUUCGGUGAAGGAGAGGACUUCCAAUUACAAUACGUUCACUUCCGGAUCCCAUGUGAUGCAAUAUGGGAACAAAAGCAUCAAAGGAGAGAAGCUUUAUUUGUACCAAGGUUUCAAUCCUGCUAGUGUAAACUUCCCUCCAAACAAUGUCCACAUUGGUAGGCGUAUGGAUGUUGUUAACCAGAGAGACGCAGAGCUUGUUUUCCUCUGGCAAAUGUACAAAAGAUCCGAGGAUGGUUCAGAAAAGAAGACACAAAUCCUCAAUCAGAUUAAAGAGACUGUGAGGCAUAGAACUCAGCUGGACAGCAGCAUGGAAUUGAUUGGAACACUAUUAUUUGGACGUAAAAAAGGUUCCGCCAUGCUUAAAUCUGUUAGGGAACCCGGUUCUCCCCUAGUAGAUGACUGGAUAUGCUUAAAAUCGAUGGUUCGACGGUUUGAAACACACUGUGGAUCAUUGACGCAGUAUGGCAUGAAACACAUGCGAGCAUUUGCUAACAUUUGCAAUGGUGGUGUCUCUCAAGCCUCCAUGGAGGAAGCUUGUAUCGCGGCAUGUAGCGGCCACGAAUUCGGGGACUUGCGUCCUUCAGACCAAGGUUACAGUGCUUGAAGUACUGUAGAAGGAGCUCGAGCAUGUUAGAUUAAAUAUGUUACUACGCAUAAUGUUAGAUGCUUUAAUUAUCCCUCUGUGGUCGCAUUUCCAUGCCCAGGUGUUCUAAGUUGGUAGUAUUUGUUCUAUGUGGCUGGUGUGCCUUGUUUCCCAUAAAACUGUACUCGAGAUCUGUAUCCGGACUCGUCUUUGAGAUUAUUUUUCUAAGCCAUAUACACUCCGUUAUUUGUAA